AUGUACGGCCGCCCAGAUGCAUCAUACGAUGCUGCGGACGAUCCUCUUUUCCUGAUUGAUCGUCCUUUCAGUCCUUUCCCCGUCCCCAUUGUGUGUAAGAGCUUGAUCAACGCGACCGCUGUUGGCACUCUCCGGCUAAGCGCUGUGGAGAAGUCGGCCGGCGAGGUGGGGAAAGGCAUCGCCCCGGAACACGGCUCCACAAGCGGCAUCCACCCCGGCUAA